GUUCUUCUCUGCGCGGUGGACUAAUCUUUUUUAGCUCCAACUAAAACAAUACGUUUCCCAUAUUUUAUUGGUUUUGUAAUUCGAGUUUAAAUUAGGUUUUCUGGCUUCGAGAGACCACGGAGACUCGGUGAUGGCAGCGGGAGUAGGACUCGCCAUGAACGUAGCGCAGUCGAGCGAAGAAAGGGCUGUUUUUACGCAGCUCAGGCCGGUGAGGAUGACCGCAGGGGGGGCGGGCGGCGCUGAAGACGCGGCCGUGUUCGAGGACGUCAAACCCGGGGCUCGUUUGGACCUGGAUAAGUACCUCGCUGCUGCCGCUCCCAUCCUGAAUUUGGAGUCUGAGAUCGGGGACAGGAAGUACAGACGAGAGAGCGCUUCAGUGGUAGAUGAGUAUUUCUCCGAGGACAAAACCGCCACUCCAUACAGCGUCAACAUAAACGUGAUCCUGCCCAGCACCACACACCUGCGGACCGGACUGUAUCGCCACAACAAGACCAUCAAGACCGAACCGGGUCUCGAGGUGCCUUGCUCCAACACCCAGAACCAGAAUCAGAAUCAGAGCAGCCAGGCGCUACCGGACUUCACCUCAGUCUUCAACGUCAACAAUGUGUUCGUCAAACCGGACAUGAGCUCAAACGGGACCGCACCAAAUCAGAGUCUAGAGACAGAGCUCCAGAUCGGACCUCCGCCCCCGCAGCCACAGGUAUACCAUCUUCCAAUCAGCAACUCUGACCUCUCCAUGACGCUCAGCACCACCCAAUCAGCAGUGAGCGGGGCCCGGACCAUGUUAAAUCUGGGCACAGUGUCUUUAACGGGCGCUAAUGGCGGCUACAUGCUAACAGAGCCCCUCCCACAGCAACACACCUACUACCCCUCUGGCCCCCAGCCACAAGCCCCCCACCCUUCACAGACGGGAACCCACAGCCUGCCCCCCUCUCCCCCAAACUCCCAGCCGGGCAGUCCCGACACGCACAUGGACCUGCUCACCCUUGGGUCCCACCCGGCCCCGCCCCCUUACCAGCACAGAGCACACCACCAACAGCAGCCUCCAACACCCCAAAUACUGACCCCCAAAAUCACAGGACUGUCCCCCCACGCGUUGCUCAUGACCCACGGGCAGGGAGUCCUCACGGGGCCCAAGUACAACCGACGAAACAACCCCGAGCUGGAGAAACGGCGGAUUCACUUUUGUGACUACCCAGGUUGCACCAAAGUUUACACAAAGAGCUCCCACCUGAAGGCGCACCAAAGGACGCACACAGGGGAGAAGCCGUACCGUUGCACCUGGGAAAACUGCGACUGGCGUUUUGCCCGUUCGGACGAGCUGACGAGACACUACCGAAAACACACCGGCGCCAAGCCAUUCAAAUGUGUGGCCUGCAGUCGCUGUUUCUCCCGCUCCGACCACCUGGCACUGCACAUGAAGAGGCACCAGAACUAACACGCAAAGCAAAUAUUUCAACUAAUGUACUUUAAACACUGUCACAUAUGAGCAACAAGAGGCUCCCUGUGCUCCUGGAGUCAACUCUUUGUCUGUUUUACUUGAAAAACAAAACUAGUUCAUUUUAAACAGCUUCCAGUGGUUUCAGAGACCAAAGCUAGCAUGCUAACACACACUUCCUGAUUAUCGGACAACAGACUUAUUCUAUUUUUUUUAUUUUUAUGUUCAUUUCUUAAUACAGCAAUUGAUUUUUAUAGUGUUUUUGCACACUACUAAGUACCAUUUACACUUUUCUCCAUAUUAUGAUAAGAAAGAGUAGAGUGUCUUGCCCAGGGACACAACAAUAUGAACUGUUUUUAGCUCGGAUCAAACUUCUUGUCUUAUUCGUAAUGCUUUGGAUCAACAUAAACUAAACCAUGGCACAUCUAAACUCAGACUAGCUUCAGUAUGACCUGUACCACACAUUGGGAAAAACACUGAUUUGAUCCAACGGAGCACAGGGAUGAAUUUAACCGUUCACGAAUCCAACCAAUCAGCACCAAACUUAAACUGCCAACGUCACUGCUUCAGGGUCAAAGUUUAACCUUGUAAAUACUGUUGAUACGUGUGCCUUUGUUAAUGAAUGUAAUGAGAUACAUACUUGACUUUUUGUAUUUUUUGAUUUGAAACUCAAACGCUACAAAACCCUAAGAUGAUGCAUAUGAAUCUGUGUGAAAAUAUACAUGAAAAAUAUAAAUAGAUCACUGCAAACGCUCUGGUCUUAAGCCCCUUUUGGUUUCCACGUAAAUGUGCACCGCAAAAAAGAAAUGCAUUAGUUUGAAUUUGGAUCUUUUAACUAGCUUAGAUUCAUUUUUUUUGUUUGGUUAAGUUAGGUUAAUAAUAUUUUCUAUAUUUUUAUUCUAUUAAAUGCAAAAUGACAAAGUUAAAUGGUAUAAAACAAAUCUUACUCCACAGACAUUUUGCUAGAAGAAAAAAAUAUGGAAAUUUGUCAGAAAUAAUCUAAAAAUAUCUCAAAAUAAAAACUCUAUGCCUACAGACAAAUUCAAUCAAAACUAGUCCAGAUUAAUAUUACAAAUUCAAGGCAUUUCAACCCAUACAGGAGAUACUACAACACAAUCUUCUUCUUCUUUUUCUUUCUUUCAUUCUUUGUCUUUUUUCUUACUUGAUUAAACAUCUGGCAUCCUCCCUGCACAAUCUUGAUCUAAAUUUAUCAAUGAUCAUGGAAAACUUAAUAGUAUCCCACUAAUAACUAUAGAAAUACCAGGGUUCUCCGUUAUUUGCCCCUGUUUACUCCCGUUGCCGCGGUGACAGAGCAUCGGUGCGGACAGAAAAGCGGGCGUGUCUUGGAGUUACGUAACCGCGGCGAUUGUUUAGAAGUCUCUGACGUUAAUGUGACUUAAUGCGUACUUUUACCCAGCCCACGCGAUGUAACUGUCAUUACGCAGAGGAAAAAAACAAGAUUUCACUCUCUAAAAAGUGAGUUUGAUUCAGAAUAAGUCAUUUUUGAGUUGUCUUGGCUACGUUUUAUUUAGUCAGACUUAUUUGGCUUUUUAAUUCAAUCUUUUUCUGACUUUACAUAUUUUUUCAUAUUUAAGUGAAACAAAACAAAAAUUAACUAAUUAUUAUUUUUCUAUUUUUUUAUUUCUUAUUUUUGUCUUUUUUCUAAAUUUUUGUCUUUUUUUUUUUUUUUUUUUUUUUUUUUUUUUUUUGCUGUGCAGAUUUAUCAGUGAAGUAAACAAAAACAUAGGUGUAUUUAUUUUCCCACUUCAAUUUAGAGCACUUCACUUUAACCCAGAGACAAAACGAUGCUUUUGAUACUAAGACUACUGCUGUUGAGCUAUUACUAGCUACUACUACUGUAUAGAUUUAAGAUAAAGGUCCACCAUUUUGGUUUUGCAGCGUUAGCCAACAUGUUUUGGCUGAAAACACAGGGAGAACAUGCAAACUGGUCACAAGCUUAGACAUAUUUUAUCAAUAUAUUAUGCAAUAGCUCAUAAUAAUAACACCUAUUUAUCAUCUAUGGCUUGGUUUCAGUCAUGCUACUUUUUUCUCUUAUGGGCGCCAUUUUGAGGACUUUGCUAUGUCACUACAGCAGUGGUCUUAGUUUUUCCUCAGUCAUAUGGAUUAGACGCAAAAAGUUUCAUGUGGGGAAAAAAGUAGUUUAUAAUUAAAGUUUUUAAAUGAUCAAAAUGGUGGACCUUUGUAUUUGAGAUGCUUUGUGACACCACUGCCCUGUUGAGUUGAUUUUUGAGUCUUUGUGGAUUAAGUUCUCUUUGCUUUUUUGUAAAUACGUCACAUUUAUUCAAAGAAGAGUGUAAAUAUGUCUGGUUUAUGUUUUAUUUUAAUAUUAAUAUUUCUCAGUUUUUAAUAAUGGGAUUCCACAUGAUUUGAUGUUUAAAUUUGACUUGGUUUUUUUGAUACACACUGUACGUUUUCAUGAGAUGCUGUAUAUGACUUUAUAAUUAAGAACAACAAUGGCUUAUUUUAUGUAUUUUGUUUGAAAUAAAAGAUUUGU